GUGCUACUGCUCCCCAAACAAGUGUGGUUUUACUUUUCCGCCCUUCCUGGACCAAAGUAUCUGUCGUUCGCAUGAAAUAAUCUUGCGGAACCUUGUUGUAUCAGCGACACGCGACGUUUUUCUGUUUGAAUUCACGUUCUCGCCACCCUACUGAUAGAUACUAUACCCCCUUCAAAAAGGGGAACGCCAUAGUUCGUUGGAGAUUGAAUAUGAUGUAAUGUUUUGUGACGUGUAGUAAAUCUGACCGAUACCGAUUCACCCACUUCUCGCUCCGUGUAAUCACGCGCGUAAAAGUUCUGUAGCAGGUAAGGGUAUUGUUGCAUUUACUCAUUUAAGAUUACAAAGAAAAAUGGAGGAUAACAUUGAUUUUGACGAUGACAUCGACGCUCUGAUUGAGCAGGACAUCCGGGAUCAGCAGAGUCGCCACGGCCCGCCAGCGAAACGGCUUCGAACCGAUGACGAGCAGCUGCUGGAGGGCACGUCUGAAGGUUUGGGCGGCGCCGCGGCGGCAUCGUCGUCCAGCAGCCUGGUCCAUGUGGAACUGAAGGACAGCACGAACAUCGUGAAAGAGCCCAAGAAAAUUGACUACGAGCAAUGGAAGCGACCGCUUGUCGGGUCCAGCAUGGUGACUGCAGCUAGUGGUGGUGGAACUACGACCAGCAGUAGCAGUAACGCAGCAAGUUCCUCCAGCUCCAACGCCGCAGCUGGUGCACCCGCAGGACCGUCUUCUACUUCAUCAAAUGGAGCGGCAGCCGCGGCCAGCAGCGCGCGACCGCUCCUGCCAAUCACGGGCGCCUCCGCAUCGUCCUCGUCCUCCGCACCGCCGCCCCCUCCCCCCGCGGCGGUAGACGCGUACUUUGCGACCAAGCCCUUGACCUUCAUGCAGGUGGACCUGGACGACUACCAGGGCCGGCCCCACCCGGUGUUUCUGAAGGACAGUCCCAACCCCGAGGUACCCAUCCUGCGCAUGUACGGCGUGACGCCCGAGGGCCACUCCGUGCUGGCUCACAUCCACGGGUUCUGCCCCUACUUCUACUGCCCCGUGCAGCAAGUGAGUGGGGGCACGAUCCCGGACGCGAAGGUGUUCCAGGAGUCCCUGGAGGCGCAGUUGCGGCAGUCCCGGGUAGCCAUCGGCCUGAACAAAAACGUCCUGUCCGUGGAGAUCGUGCAGAAGACCAACGUCAUGGAGUGGUCGGAGAACGGACUGCGGUCCUACUACAAGGUGCACGUGGGCGUGCAGCGCCUGGUCCAAGCCGCACGCACCGCCAUCGAGACGGGCUUUCAACUCGUGGGGGGUGGGAUGUACACCGGCUUCGGUACCUUUGAAACCAACGUGCCCUUCGUCCUGCGGUUUCUGGUAGACCAGGGGCUUGGCGGCGGGUCCUGGGUGUCGCUCGCCCCCUGCAUGUACAAACUGCGGACCAACCCGGACGAGCGCGUCGGUACGCGAGAAAGGCGCCGUUCUUUUGAUUCUAUUUUACUAGAGUUCAGGCAUCGAUUUCGAUAGAUCUGCAAGAAAAGUAGAUAAAUCUUCGCCUUUUUCCUUCAAAAGUAGAUAGAUAGUUAGAUCAAGAAAAAUAGAAGGUAUACAACUAUACCUGUGUGCUGGUACGAAAGAGUGUUGCUUGGAGGUUUUAGUUUUUCGAAUCCUUUCCGCUCAGGUACGUGCCAGAUCGAGCUGGAUGUUUUCUACAAGUCCGUGGAGCCUGCCUCCGACCAGAAUGCCUUCGCCCCGCUGCGGAUUUUGAGUUUCGAUAUCGAGUGUUGGAACCAGUUCGGCAAAGGGUUUCCCGAAGCCGAGCGCAACCCGGUGAUCCAGAUCGCCGCGGAAGUGAAGUGCGUGGGGGCCGACGGGCCCGCGUUCGCGCAGGUGAUCUGGACGCUGGACAGCUGCGGAGACUAUUCACAGAAAAAAACCCAUCCACAUCCAAUUUGUGAUGCAAAACACGUAUCAAAUCAUGUGUUUGUCAUGCAAAAAAUGGAUGUGGAUGGGUUUUUUUCUGUGGAUAGAGACAUCGCGGACACGAUUGUCCUUUCGUUCACGGACGAGCGGGACCUGCUCGUGUCCUUUUCCAAAUUCGUGGUCGCCAUCGACGCCGAUUUCCUCACCGGGUACAACAUUCUCAACUUCGAUCUGCCCUACUAUGGCGUUCUCAAAUGUUACAUUCUCAACUGUUACAUGAUUUGUCAUGCAAAAUGACCAUGAGCUGCAAGAAGAUCAAGCUGCUUCGCAUGACAAAUUAUCGAAGGGCUAAACAGCAUCUAAAUCUGUACCCAAUUUGUGAUGCAAGACUUGCAAGCUUGUCCCUUUCCGUAUUUCUGUUUUUGCAUGACAAAUUCCGUAUUUCCGUAUUUCUGACCCUAGAUCUCCUGCGUCCGAAGCUGCUUGCGGCGACGGUGCAAAGGUUUUUGAUGUGGUGCAGUCGGGUAUGCAUGACAAAUUCAUGUAACAGUUGAGAAUGUAACAGUUGAGAACGCCAUACCUACUUGCUCAAGCGGGCCGCCGCCCUCGACAUCCCGGAGUUCGCCGAGCUGGGCCGCCUCGCGAAGGUGCAGUCCCGUAUCAAAGUGAAAAAAGCCCCCACCCCAUAUCGGAAACGGAAGAUGCGCGAAUUUGUGAUGCUGUAUUUGAGUACACAAAUCAACUUGUAUUGCUAGAAGGCCAAGAGACGAAGCUGCGGCCUAAAUUGCAGGUAAUCUGUCAUGCUGUUUCCCACUUCCAGUUGUCUCCUGUCAUCCUGGAGCUGCAAGGCUUUCCCACGCUAGACAGCACUACAGUCCGCAUCUUUUGCCUUCUAGCAUCACAAAUUUGUGACCACAAAUCUGCAUCACAGAUUUCCGUUUUGAUAUGGGGAGGGGGCAUUUUUCAUUGUAAUAUCCCGCAUCCGCGAGUGGACCACGCCGAACGGGCGGCCGCAGAAGGAGGUGAAGUGCGACGGGCGGAUCAUCUUCGACAUGUACACCGUAAUCACCAAGGAGCACAACCUGCGGUCCUACACGCUGAACUUCGUGUCUUCCCACUUUCUGGGCGACCAGAAGGAGGACGUGCACUACAGCAUGAUCGGCACACUGCACACAGGGACGGCGGAGACGCGCCGCCGGCUCGGGGUCUACUGUCUGAAGGACGCGAAGCUGCCCCUGCGACUGCUCGAGAAGCUCUGUUGCCUCUACAACUACGUUGAGAUGGCCCGCGUCACCGGCACGCCGUUGAAUUUCCUGCUUUUUCUAUCCAGUGGGAAAACGCAAAAAUACUCGUUAUUAUUAGUGCAGCAACCGAUAACUUUUCCAAGUCACGCAUGCAUGUGGCGCCCCACAGGGGCCAGCGUCGACGUGCUGCCGCAGUGCGGCCGCAUUACGUAAUAGAUCUAGAAGUUUCUCCUUGUUCGGUUUUGCGCAAUCAUGGCCGCAAGUAAUUUGUAAUUUUGCACGGCAGAAGAUAAAGAUAUGUUAAGUUUUUGCUUGGGUUUUCACAUUGGAUAGUUCCGGGGGCAGGCGAUCAAGGUGUUCGGGCAAAUCCUGCGGCGCGCGCGCGAGUCCGGCUACAUCGCCCCGGCGCGCAAGGUUGAACAGACCGGGGACCAGUUCGAGGGGGCCACGGUGCUGGACCCGAAAACGGAUUUCUACGACAAACCGAUCGCCACGCUGGAUUUCGCCUCGCUGUACCCCUCGAUCAUGAUGGCGCACAAUUUGUGUUACUGCACCCUGAUCCCCAACAGUCUGAUAAAACCCAGCACGGGGAAGGUGGAGAACAUGAGCGAGGACGACUACACCGUGACACCCUGCGGUAACUACUUCGUGAAGCCUACGAAGCGAAAGGGGCUGUUGCCGCUGAUCCUGGAGGACCUUCUGGGGGCGAGGAAACGCGCAAAAAAAGAGAUGAACGCGGAGCAGGAUCCAUUCAAGAAGGCGGUCCUGAACGGGCGGCAGCUGGCACUGAAAAUCAGCGCGAACAGUGUGUACGGCUUCACCGGUGCGCAGGUGGGCAUGAUGCCCUGCCUGGAAAUCUCCUCCUCUGUCACCGCUUUCGGCAGGACCAUGAUCGAACAAACCCGCGACCUUGUGCAACAGUACAGCUGCCGUUUUUCUUCUAGAAUGAUACAACACUUGGAUUUUCGAAAUCAAAUCAUGGCAAAAAUCAAGGAGUUGAUGAAGAAAGCGUUUGAAUCACCGAUUGCAAAAAUGCAGUUUGAUGUCAUGAUAAUGGAUUACCGAGAUCGACGAAGAUAUGGAUAAAGUGAGAAUAAACGAAAAAAACAGGGAGUUCACGAUUGCGAACGGAUACAAGCACGAUGCCGAGGUAAUCUAUGGCGACACGGAUUCUGUGAUGGUGAAGUUUGGCCCGGACACCGUAAAGGAGUCCAUGGACCUCGGCCUGAAGGCCGCGGACAAAAUUUCCGCCACGUUUCUCAAGCCGAUUAAGCUGGAGUUCGAGAAAGUCUACUUUCCGUAUUUGCUGCUCGCAAAAAAGCGGUACGCAGGCCUGUACUGGACCAAUCCGGAUAAGUACGACAAAAUGGACACAAAGGGCAUUGAGACGGUCCGCCGCGACAACUGCGGGCUCGUACAGCGCGUUGUCGACACCGCACUGAAGUGCCUGCUCAUUGACCGCAGUAAGGAGAAGGUACUAUGGUAUUUCUGGCCGAAUUUUUCUAUUGAUGUAGUACUCGUACAUAGAAAUAGAAUGCACCAUACUCGUCUCGCCGAUCCAAAAAAAAAGUGGUGAUACUCACUUUAUAAUCAGGCCAUCGGUUUCGUGCAGCAAUCUGUGUCCGACCUGCUGCAGAACAAGGUGGACCUCGCACUGCUCGUGAUUUCCAAGUCCCUGGGCCGAGACGAGUACGCCGCGAAGCAGGCCCACGUGGAGCUCGCGGAACGCAUGCGGCAGCGCAACCCAGCAACAGCGCCCGGCGCCGGUGACCGGGUCCCCUACGUAAUAGUGAAAAGCAUGAAAAAGACGGCCAAUUUAUCACGGCAAGAAGUGUUCACGAUAUCUACAAGAUUGGAAAAUGCUGUUUCAAAUAAUGCGAAAUAUUAUGUUUAUGGUGGUAUAUUUGCUUAGCAUGCAAAGUUUCUGAUGGCUGAGUUUUGUCAUUUUUGGCUUGAUGUAGGAAAGCAGCGCGUCAAGUAGCGCAACGCAGCUGGUAGCGUGAACACUUUUUCUGGUGAUGCCACUACGAGAAGAGCGAAGAUCCCAUGUAUGUGCUGGAAAACGGAUUGGCCAUUGACGCCCACUGGUACAUUGACCACCAGCUGGCCAACCCGUUGCUGCGCAUUUUUGACCCCAUCAUGCCGAACGCGAGUCAGAAGCUGUUCACUGGCGAUCACACCCGCAAAAUCGUUCAGUCCGCGGUCCAAAACACAAACCAAUUCGGAUUUGGCGACGGAGCGAAGGUCACCAUUGCGAAAAAGUGCCUCGGUUGCAAGACUACCCUGAAGGUACUAUAGCGUUUGCGCUCGUUAAUGUCAAGGUCCGGGAUCCAAAUCCGUGGUCUUUAUCGUCCUGAACGAAGAUCUUUAUGCGGCCUCCGAGUCCGACUUCGUGGAACUCCAUGGCAGUAGAGACCACGUAGAGCUAGAACAAACUGCAAUACUCCUUCGAUUGAUCUGUCCCUGAUACCAUUAUAUCAAAAACUGAUUACUGAAUGCUUGUGGUGUGAGCAGUUCAUGUGCGCCAAGAACAAAGGAUUUAUGGUCAAAUCUCAUUCUUUCACCUUGCUCUUGCAAACCAAAAAGCUCAUGACAUUCACUAAACUAAAUUCCACAGCCAAGUACCGUCGCCAUGGUGACACAGAAAGAGGGGUCGGAGCAGCAGGACUUGGCGCUCUGCAAGUACUGCAUGAAGGACAAAGGUCCGGAGAUCUACUUUGAGAAGCUGACCGAAGUCCGGGAGAAGCAGAUUGAGUUUCAGCGGCUCUGGACGGAGUGCCAAAGGUGUCAGGACAGUUUGCAUCAAGAGGUGAUCUGCGCCAACUCCGAUUGCCCCAUCUUCUACAAGCGGGCGAAGGCAAAAAUCGACCUUCAAAAGGUGGAGUGCCAGCUGAAGUCACUAAAUCUGGAGUGGUGACAUUCGGAGGAACUCGAUGCAAAGGUGAAACAGCGGCACCGGAAGCACCGAAAGUGGUGCUAUUCACCCUUUAUUUCAGGCGACAAUCUAUCAGCGACAUUCACAUUCCCUGCUCGAAAGAAUUCAUCUUCAAAACAGUCGCGUUCGCGAAUCGCGACGAGCGCAGGACAGUUCGCAGGUUUCCAACCUCUCGGAUAUGGCUCUUGUGCAAUUACAAGCAU